AUGACUGCAUCUAUUCCCCAAGGCCCUUUCUUCAUUGUUUCAAAGUUCAACAAGCGUGUGCUCGAUGUUGAAGGCGCUUCCACCAAAGACGGCGCCAAGGUUUGUGUCUGGCAACAGAAGGAGAGCAGCGAUAACGAAAACCAAUUGUGGGAGUACAGAAACGGCAACUUUGUCAACCUCCACAGUGGCAAGGUUCUUGACAUCAAGGGCAGUAAAGUCAAGUCUGACGUUCGCAUCGUCCAAAAUGAGAAGGCUACCUCCAAUGAUGAGGAAAUUGAGAAGCAACGCUGGCUGAUUGACCAUGAAGGUUACAUCCAUAUCUCCUCCAAUCCUGAUUUGGUCCUCGAUAUCAAGGGUGCUGAAGAUGAGAAUGGCGCUGAAGUCAUCUUGUACGAGAAGCGUAGCGGCACUGUUGCUGCUAACCAACAAUGGGAACUUGUUCGUCGCUAA